CGCCCAAGUUGUUAUAUAAACACAUCUCGUGACUCACUCGUAGUUGCAGAGUCACAGACAGUGGCAGUUCCCUCACCACCACAACCGACUUCUAAAUUUCCUCCGACGCCGAGAAAUCAUGAAAUUACAUUUCUACCCCCGACUAUCUUUAGCACUAGUACUCUUCCUCUUCAGUGUGGCAACGUCGUCGAAUCAACACGACUAUUCCGAUGCACUCUCCAAAUCGAUCCUCUUCUUCGAAGGCCAACGCUCCGGUUUCCUUCCGAACGACCAGCGUCUGACGUGGCGACGGAAUUCCGGUCUGAGCGACGGUUGGACACACAAUACCGAUCUAACCGGAGGGUACUACGAUGCCGGAGACAACGUCAAAUUCAAUUUUCCGAUGGCUUUCACCACCACAAUGCUCGGCUGGAGCGUAGUUGAAUUCGGCGAACUCAUGCCUGCGACGGAGCUUCGUAACACGCUCGUCGCUCUCCGGUGGGGCUCUGAUUACCUCCUCAAAUCCGUUUCUCAGCUACCUAACCGCAUCUUCGUCCAGGUAGGUGAUCCAAUUGCUGAUCAUAAUUGCUGGGAACGACCAGAAGAUAUGGAUACAGCACGUACUGCUUACGCCGUCAAUGCUCCAAAUCCAGCUUCGGAGGUAGCCGGAGAAAUCACCGCCGCCCUCUCGGCCGCUUCGAUUGCUUUCCGAUCAUCAGAUCCAGGCUACUCACUGACUUUGCUCCAAAACGCUGUAAAAACGUUUCAGUUCGCUGAUACGCACCGUGGUGCCUAUAGCAGCAAUGAUGAUAUCAAAUAUGACGUUUGUCCUUUCUACUGCGAUUUCAACGGAUUUCAGGAUGAGUUAUUGUGGGGAGCAGCUUGGCUAAGAAAAGCGACUGGUGAUGAAAGUUACCUUAGCUACAUUGAGAGUAACCGUGAACCGUUUGGUGCAAGCGAGAACGUCGACGAAUUCGGUUGGGACAAUAAAGUUGGUGGACUUAAUGUUCUCGUUUCAAAGGAAGUUAUAGCAGGGAAUAUGUACAACCUAGAGGCGUACAAGGCAUCGGCGGAGAGCUUCAUGUGUAGUUUAGUGCCGGAGUCUCCGGGACAGCACGUCGAGUACACUCCCGGCGGUCUUCUUUACAAGCCCGGCGGUAGCCAGCUCCAGCACGCGACCACCAUAUCUUUCCUCCUCCUUGUCUACGCUCAGUAUCUUUCUAGAAGCUCUCUCUCCCUCAACUGUGGCAGCCUCUCCGUCCCACCUGAUCAUCUCCGCCGCCUCGCCAAGAAACAGGUGGACUAUAUUUUGGGGGAGAAUCCGAUGAGAUUAUCAUACAUGGUCGGGUACGGAGAGACGUAUCCAAAGAAGAUCCAUCACCGUGGCUCGUCACUGCCGUCGAUAGUGGAUCAUCCAGGAGCCAUCGGAUGCAAAGACGGGUCGGUUUAUUUCAACUCGUCCGAACCGAACCCAAACGUCUUGAUUGGAGCGGUGGUGGGUGGGCCCGGCGAGGACGAUAAGUACGAUGAUGACCGGUCCGAUUUCCGCAAGUCCGAGCCAACAACUUACAUCAAUGCUCCUUUCGUUGGUGUAUUGGCUUACUUUGCAGCCAAUCCUGGUUUUAGCUGACGUCAUUGAAAAUCAAAUUCCAUGAGAAUGGGAGUACAUUUUUUUUAAGUCUCUCAUCAAAGAAAAAGGAACCUUUAUAUUGAUAAUAUUUUUUUUCUAAAAGAAAAAAUAAAUCUUAAUAUCUCAUUCGGAUUACUUAUUCGG